UGAGUCUUUUGACGAUUCUAACGGGGCUCAAAAUGAUCAUCUUAAGUGUCAAAUUUUAAGGUGUCAACUCUCAAUCGCGCAAACCAAAGCAUCUGUUGCAGAGUUUAAAAUUUUUGAUUUAGAGUCUAGAAUUUCUGUUGCCGAAGAAAAAAUUACGAGUUUAAAAUCCAAACUUUCUAUUGCUGAAUCAAACUAUCACAUUACCCUUCUUGAAAAUAACAAACUUUGUUCUAAGGUUAACGAAUUACAAUAUGAAAAUUAUGAUCUCC